UACAUGUAGUAUAAUCAACUCUUUUGUGUUUCUAGUGAUUCUGUGAUCUGGAUAAUCUGUAGCAAACUUUCACUUAUCUCUAAAAUCUAGAUUAUCAUUAUGGCGCUUCCAGCAUACUGCGAUUUUAACAUUAAAUGCCAAACACCAGAAAAACUGUUUGAUUUAAUCGAAGUUGCAACAGAAUUGGGCUAUGAGUCAGUCAUAGUAAACAAUAAUCUGCAAAGCUUACAAGGAAGUAAAGAAAAAAAGAAAGAUCAAAAGAUUAAAAUCACACCGCCUUCAGAAAUACUUCUGAAUGAAAAAAGUAUUGCAUCACUUCAGUCAAAAGGUAAAAAAAUUCAACAGUUAUCAAGAAUCACAGCUGUGUUGCAAGAUGAUUCAAAUACUCACAAAUUGGGCAAUGCAGAUUUACAAAUGUAUGAUAUAUUGGCUGUUCAACCAACAAGCAGUAAAACAUUUCAGUUGGCUUGUGAAACGUUAGAAGUUGAUAUAAUAUGCCUGGACCUGACAGAAACUAUAGGAUUUGUACUCAAAAGACAACUCCUUAGUCUAGCAGCAUCAAGAGGCAUCCAUUUUGAAAUUCAAUACGGUCCUGCUUUAACUAAUAGCACUGUCAAAAGACAAGUUAUAUCAAAUGCUUUGAAUCUAGUUGCAGCAACAUGUCAAAAGAAUAUUCUAAUCAGUAGUGGUGCUGAGAACCCUAUUGAUCUGAGAAGUCCAUAUGAUGUCAUCAAUUUAGGAAGAUUGUUUGGUUUAAAUCACUCUCAAGCCAAAGACGCUGUGUGUAAAAACUGUAGAGCAGUUUUGAUGCAUGCCAAGUCUAGAAAGACCUGCAAAUCUGUUGUUUUAGUCAAGAAUAUCUCAACAUUAGAAAGUAAGAAAAGAUGGCUGCUCAAAGCUUAUUCUGAUGAACUCUCUAACAGUGAUGAAGACAGUCUGAAGGAAGGGGAGGAAGAGGAUGAACCUGAAGCCAAAAAAAUUAAGUUGGCCUCAAAAGACAAUAAAUAAUGUUUCUGAACCACUAG